UAUCUUCAACCAUUUUACAUUUUUAUUUGGCUGUGUUGUGUCGUGAGAUAUAGACGCGUAAUAUUGUAGUGCAGUGAGUGAAUUUUGCCAAAUAAUUACAUGGCUUCAUGUCAGUGAUAGUUUAAAACCAUCAUGUCUGAUUCGGAGGGCAGUAAUUACUCCGGGAGCGGUUCGGAAGCUGGUAGCGUGGUGUCGAACCGUUCCAGGCGGAGUGCCGCGUCGAAUAGGUCUGCGAGGUCUCGCUCGGUGUCCCGUUCUCGUUCCCGCUCGGGGAGCCGCACACCGAGCCGGAGCCCUAGCCGCUCGCGCUCCCGCUCCCGGUCGCCUUCGCGUUCGCGAUCGCGCUCUCGAUCGAGGAGUCGGUCUGCCGGGUCUGGGGGCAGCCGUAACCGAGACAACGAGGCCAAGGAGGCUUCAGGCGAUGAAGAAGUUGAGGACGAGGAGGAACCAGAAGGUGAAGACCUGGUGGACUCGGAAGAAUAUGACGAGGAUGAAGAAGAGGCGCGGCACAGAAAGAAACGGAAGAAAGACAGCCGCUAUGGUGGUUUCAUUAUUGACGAGGCUGAGGUAGAUGAUGAAGUUGAAGAAGAUGACGAAUGGGAAGAGGGAGCCCAGGAGAUGGGCAUCGUCGGCAACGAGGUGGACGAGAUGGGGCCCACCGCCCGGGAGAUAGAGGGCCGGCGCCGCGGCACCAACCUCUGGGACACACAGAAGGCCGAGAAGAUUGAGGAGUACUUCCGCAACAAGUAUGCUGAUGAAUCUGUAGCUUUGAGGCACUUUGGUGAAGGAGGCGAGGAAAUGUCCGAUGAAAUCACACAGCAAACUCUCUUACCCGGCAUUAAAGACCCUAAUCUUUGGAUGGUCAAAUGUAGAAUCGGAGAGGAGAAAGCCACAGUGUUACUUCUCAUGAGAAAGUUUAUCGCUUAUCAGUUUUCAGAAGAACCAUUCCAAAUUAAAUCUGUUGUUGCCCCAGAAGGUGUUAAAGGGUAUAUCUACAUUGAGGCAUACAAGCAAACUCAUGUCAAAGCGCUUAUAAACAAUGUGGGGACACUCAGGAUGGGUAUAUGGAAACAGGACAUGGUUCCGAUUAAGGAAAUGACAGAUGUCUUGAGAGUGGUGAAGGAACAGUCAGGAUUGAAAUCUAAGCAAUGGGUUAGGUUGAAGAGAGGUUUGUAUAAAGAUGACAUAGCUCAAGUUGAUUAUGUGGACCUGGCCCAAAAUCAAGUCCAUCUGAAACUGCUUCCAAGAAUAGACUACACUAGAUUAAGAGGAGCCUUAAGAACGGUACAGAGCGAGAGUGAAGCAGCUAAACGUAAGAAGAAGAAACGCCCAGCUGCCAAACCAUUUGACCCUGAAGCCAUUAGAGCUAUCGGUGGAGAAGUCACAUCUGAUGGUGAUUUCUUACUCUUUGAAGGUAACAGAUACUCUAGAAAAGGUUUCCUGUAUAAAAACUUCACAAUGUCAGCCAUAUUGGCUGAAGGUGUCAAGCCAACUUUGAUGGAAUUGGAAAGGUUUGAAGAGCAGCCAGAAGGAAUCGAUAUUGAGCUAGCGGCUCCCGCCAAAGACGAUCCGACAAGUCUGCACUCUUUCUCUAUGGGUGACAAUGUUGAAGUGUGCUCUGGUGAUCUGGCCAACUUGCAGGCUAGGAUUAUAGCUAUAGACGGCUCUAUGAUCACCGUCAUGCCUAAACACGACGCUCUGAAAGACCCUCUCGUCUUCAAACCUAAUGAGUUAAGAAAGUACUUCAAACAGGGUGACCACGUUAAGGUCUUAGCUGGUCGAUAUGAAGGGGACACAGGUCUGAUCGUGAGAGUAGAGCCUCACAGAGUUGUUCUAGUCUCAGAUUUGACCAUGCAUGAACUGGAAGUGUUACCCAGAGAUCUACAACUAUGCUCUGAUAUGGCGACCGGCGUGGAUUCACUUGGACAAUUCCAAUGGGGUGACAUGGUCCAAUUGGACCCACAAACUGUUGGAGUAAUAGUUCGACUCGAAAAGGAGAAUUUCCACGUCUUAGGAAUGCAAGGGAAAGUUAUUGAAUGUAAACCUCAAGCUUUGCAGAAACGGCGAGAGAAUCGCUUCACAAAAGCGUUAGAUUCCGAGCAGAAUACUAUACAGAAGAAAGAUAUCGUAAAAGUCAUCGAUGGACCACACGCAGGUCGCAAUGGAGAGAUAAAACAUCUGUACAGAAACUUCGCUUUUCUACAAUCGAGAAUGUACUUAGAUAACGGUGGUAUAUUCGUGUGUAAGACUCGACAUCUUCAGCUAGCCGGCGGGAACAAGAAUCCUUCAGCAGCCAACCAGCUCUCACUCGGCUUUAUGUCUCCUCGUAUCCAAUCCCCGAUGCAUCCUUCCGGCAGAGGCGGCGCCACGCCGAGAGGCCGAGGUCGCGGGGCCGGCCGAGGCGGAGGCGUCACCAGGGACAGGGAACUCAUCGGACAAACCAUCAAAAUCACCGGAGGACCUUACAAAGGCAACGUCGGCAUCGUCAAAGACGCCACAGGCAGCACGGCCAGAGUCGAACUCCACUCCGCUUGUCAAACUAUCUCUGUGGACCGGAGCCACAUCGCGAACGUUGGAGCUCCUUCCAAGGACGGGUCCUCUUCCUUCUACAGCCGCACCCCCGGACGUACUCCGACGGCGGCCGGCGCGGCGACGCCUACAUACCGCGACACCGGCCUCAAGACUCCCAUGCACGGCUCCCAGACGCCCAUAUACGACGUCGGGAACCGCACGCCUCACUACGGCUCGGCGACGCCCUCGCACGACGGCUCCCGCACGCCGGCGCACGGCGCGUGGGACCCCGCGGCGGCCGCCACGCCGGCUAGGACGGACUUCGACUACGGGCUGGACGAGUCGCCCGCGUCGUACCCGGCGCCGUACGCGGCGGGCCCCUUCACGCCGCAGACGCCGGGCACGAUGUACGGCUCGGACCACAGCUACAGCCCGUACCAGCCGUCGCCGUCGCCGGCGGGCUACGCGGCCGGCUACCUGGGCACGCCGUCGCCGGCCGGCUACUCGCCCCGGAGCCCCUUCGCCGGCGAGCCGGGAGGAGACUGGCACACCACGGAGGUUGAAGUCCGAAUCCGCGGUUCCGAAGACGACGGUCUGGCCGGUCUCGCCGGUCAGACCGGAGUGGUCCGCGGUCUCUCCGGCGCCAUGUGCGCGGUCUACUUACCGAGGGAAGACCGCGUCGUUAACGUACCAGGAGCUUUACUGGAACCUGUCGUGCCUGCAUCAGGGGAAAGAGUCAAGGUGGUGGCCGGCGAAGAGCGCGAAGCCGUCGGGCAGCUCAUCAGUAUCGAGAACCAAGAGGGCGUGGUCAAGUUCGGCACCGACGACAUCAAGAUCAUGCAGCUGCGCCAUCUCUGCAAGAUGAGCACCGCCUAAACACCCUGCACCACUUCAGGACACCCUGUAUCACAUCAGGACAACCUAUACAACUUCAGGACAACCUGUAUCACUUCAGGACACCCUGUAUCGCAUCAGGACAACCUAUACAACUUCAGGACAACCUGUAUCACUUCAGGAUACCCUGUAUAACUUCAGGACAACCUAUAUAACUUCAGGACAACCUGUAUCACUUCAGGAUACCCUGUAUCGCAUCAGGACAACCUAUACAACUUCAGGACAACCUGUAUCACUUUAAGACACCAUGUAUAAGAUCAGGACAUUCUGUGUCACUUCAGGACACCCUGUAUUAGGUUAAAUUCUGCACAGGCUACAUUUUAACCCCCUUAUAAACGUUCACUAAAGUUAUCAAGCCGAUAAAAGUUCAUUUGUCCCUUUCUGACGUAUUGGUGUGAUAGAAGGGGACAAACGAACUUUAUCGGCUUGAUAAUGCUUGGCGGCGUACCUACCUAAUACCUAAGUCAGAACGGCGUUACAGCGAUAAUUAUGAGUAUUUAGUUGUUUAAAAUGUGAUGACUAUUUACCAACUACGUAAUAUUUAUAUAUUUCACUUUAUAUUAUAUUUAAUACAUUCACAGACCUGUUUAUAUAUUAUUAAAAUAAUUGCUAUCCACUUCCUUAUUUUAAUCAAAUUACUUUUUUGUUCCUUAUAUUGACACUGCCUUUAGUUUUCUGAGCUAUCUUCUUAGUUCCUGGGCUUCACGGAAGACCAUCGCUGUAGCAUUAUAUGCUGGAGCAUAUGCUGAGUGGAGUCCUUUUGUGGCCUCUAUCUGCAGCAUCAGCACCUUUUGUUGUAUAAUAAUAAGCAAUAUAGUUUUAAGUAUUUCGUUCAUAAGAUCUCUCUUUUUCUCUCUUUUUUUCAAAUGUAUGUGAUGUUGUAUGAUGGUUUCUGCAAUAAACGUUUUUCUAUUCUAUUCUAUUCAUAACUUUAGUGAACGUUUAUCAAGGUGAACAAACUUCAGGACAUCCUGUAUUAGGUCAAAUUUGUCACUGCAAGAUGAGCACCGCGUAAACAACCUGUACCACGUUAUGAUACCCUGUACAAGAUUGGCACUGAUCAAUCAUGAAGCUAUAUUAUCAGCUCUGUAAGGGCCACUUGCACCAACGAAAAUACAGGGUUAACCGGAGGGUUAACCCACCAUUUUACAUGGAAUUUGACAGUUGACAGCCUACUAACCCUGAGUUAAGUGGUUGGUGCAAGUGGGCCUAAGACGAAUAUCGCGUGAACAUUUAGAAUAACGAAGAGCGAAUCCUUGUAUGACCGACAUACGCUACGCCCUGUAUGAAUCGACAUGGACAGAAUAAAGUCUUAUUUUAAGCGACAUUAAGAAAUACGAUUGAUAAGGCUCUUGAUUAUUACAACUGCUGCAUAAGACCGCUGCAUAUUAAAACUAAAGCCUACGCCAAAUCUUGGGAUUAGUUAUCAAAUUGGAUCCCAUGCUCCCAUGAGCCGUGGCAAAUGCCGGGAUAACGCAAGGAGGAUGAUGACAUGUUGACUAUACUGAUGAAGACAUUGAUAAAGCUUAUUCUCUUGUAAGGAAAUCUGUUUUUGGGUGAAUCCACGUAAAAGUAACGUGAGUCACGACUUCAUUGAGUGCUUAUUUGAACUACAGCUGCAAAUGAAAGGAUCUAUGCAUGUAUCGGGAAAGUAACACUUAUCCAGAGAUACAUUAUCACUUGAACUUGCAUCGUGAAUAAAUGAAACAUGCCAUAAAAUCGUGACUCAUGUUACUCUUGCCGCGGAUUGACCCUUUUGUUAAGAGAAGUCCUAUAGUUAAAAAAGAUAUCCAACUGAUUUGUGUAAGGAACUUUUAUGAAAUUAAGGUAAUAUUUGUUAUUAUUUCAUUACCAUUUUUCUUCUCAUCUUUAGUUUAAUCUAUUGAUAGGCCAAUGGGGAAUAUUAUAUUUUUGUUGACGUCGAAUCAUUCUACAUAUUGUUACGAACAUAGUUCUCAUAGCAGAAUUUCGGCGUGCGUCUCUGUGGAUGACACCAUCUAUAGUGGUAGCCACGUCACACCAUGUUAUAGCCCGACUGCGUGCGAAAUGGAUGCACCGACUCGAUAGGCUAUAUCACACUAACGUACUAGGCCCGCAGAAUUGUAAGACCAGAUAGUCUAGCACGGCGUUCUCAAAUCUACUCAGAUAUUGACAAAGACCUACAGUCUGAUUAUAGUUUAUACCAUCGUUAGGGCACGAUAUCGUAUCGUUCAUGUAAGCUGAACUUCCGUGUAGAAGUUAUGAAAGAUGUUAUUUAUUUACUGAAUAAAUGAUAGACAUCAACAAAUGCCGUUUUAAUUUUUAGCGUUUUCUGUUUGUUACAUAUCGAUGGCGAAGUGCCAUGAACUCCUAACUAAGUGUGAAAACCUAAGUAGUUGGGAGUUCAUGGUACUUCACCGUCGAUAUCCCAUAUCAUUUACCUACAUUAUUUUGUAAUUAUUAGAUAUCCUGUGUCAUGUCAUUGUUCUAAAGAACUACAAAAUACAAAUAAGUGUAAGAGGUUGAAAUGAAACAGAAAAUAAUGAUUUUAUUAACAUUUAUUGUUUUCAAUUGUAUUUUAAGAAUUUCAAACAAAAUGCAGUCACAUAAACUGAGCAAUAACUUGCUAAUACCAUUUUGUUAUUUUUCAAAACGAUUACAUACAUCGAAAAAUAUGAUGCUACCUAUUAUAGUAACAAUCAUGUUCACAUUAAAUACAUCAAUGGAAUAUGCGUACAGCUAGGUAACAUAUACCUAUUCUAUGCACGGGUAUACAUUGAUUUUAAAAUUCCAUUAUACGAACUGGGGUGAGUAAAUGCUCAGUAAAAUGCGCCCGAAAAUAAAA